ACGCUGACGCAAGCAGCCAGCCAGUCUGAAUGGCGAUUGUAACAGACUCGCAGGGCAGUGCGAACGGAGCGCAGCCCGACCUUAUAUCGCCUUGAAAAACAUAGCUAUAUCAAAUGAAACGGACGAGAACAGUUACGCCCAUGUAAAAUGGAGGAUAGCUUUGAUUGCGACUGUGGUGAGCUUGAGCCACCCGAUUGUUGAGGGCCAGACUACUCUGUGAAGACUAAAAGGCAAGACACCAUUUUGGAUGAGCRGUAGUUUCAACAGGAAGAAGAUUGAGUAAAUACAAAAAAAACAAAAAAAAUAGAAUUUAAAAUUGUAGUGCUUUUUGGCGCAAUUUGAAUCAAUGCAGCUACACAGAAUGAGUCUAUCACUGAAUGUAUCUGUACUGUGAGGAUGCAASGAGAUGCUGUUGUAGUUUUUGAAUUGGCCUCUUGCGUUCAUUCCAUUAUCGCUGGCUGUUAAACAYUAAACGCCUAAAAACGGUUUAAUAACCGGAGAAGCGCCAACAAMAAAAAAAMGAUUUUGAAAAAGUAAUUCAUAUURGGCCUGAAAAASKUGCACCAUUUGUCAAACAAACAUGACUUUCUACUCUGGUUGUGAGUCAGAGAGCCGUGUGAUUCUGUGAGGGUUAGACAGGGGGAAACAGUAGUCUUCUGUAAGGGUUAUAUCACCCACAUUUAUAUUUUCACAAUAUUACACACCAGUUAAGACCUCCUUUAGCUUAUUACCAGUCAGUUUGUCCAUUUUGUAUUGAACAACCCCAAAGUCAAUAGAAACUUAGUCAAAACACCAAAUCCAAGAUGGCGGAGAAGUUUGAGUCUCUGAUGAACAUCCAYGGGUUUGACCUGGGCCCACGUUACAUGGACCUGAAGCCUCUGGGCUACGGMGGSAACGGCCUGGUGUUCUCAGCCGUUGACACGGACUGCGACAAACGCGUGGCGGUGAAGAAGAUCAUCCUGACGGAUCCUCAGAGCGUCAAACACGCCCUGAGAGAGAUCAAGAUCAUCAGGAGGCUGGACCACGACAACACCGUCAAGGUAUUUGAGACGCUAGGGCCCAGCGGUCGUCACCUAACAGAUAAUAUUCUCUACUUCCCUCUCCCAGUGAACUCUGUGUACAUCGUCCAGGAGUACAUGGAGACAGACCUGUGUCAGCUCCUGGAGAGGGGUCUUCUCUCUGAGGACCACGCCAGACUCUUCAUGUACCAGCUGCUGAGAGGCCUCAAGUACAUCCACUCUGCCAACGUACUGCACAGAGACCUGAAGCCUGCCAACUUGUUCGUCAACACAGAGGACCUGGUGCUGAAGAUAGGAGACUUUGGGCUGGCUCGGAUCAUGGAUCCUCACUACUCACACAAGGGUCAUCUUUCUUGAGUGGUGACUAAAUGGUACCCGGUCUCCUCGCCUGCUGUCUCCCCUAACAACUACACCAGGCCAUUGACAUGUGGGGCUGCCGGAUGCAUCUUCGCCGAGAUGCUCACCGGGAAAACGCUCUUCGCAGGAGCACAUUGAGCUUGGAGCAGAUUGCAGCUCAUCCUGGAGUCCAUCCCUGUGCUGAGAGAAGAGGAGGCAGAGUUACACAGUGUUAUCCCCCUUCAUACACGGUGACAUGUCCCACCACACAACCCACUGGCCAAGCUACUGCCUGACGUCAGCCCACAGGCCUGGCAUUUCCUGCAAAAGAUCCUGACCUUUAACCCCAUGGACCGUCUGACAGCGAAGGAAGCCCUAGCCCACCCCUACAUGUCUGACUACUCCUUCCCCCUGGACGAACCCGUCUCCCUGCACCCCUUCCACAUAGAGGAUGAGGUGGAUGAUAUCUUACUGAUGGACAGGGUCACAAGCCACACCUGGGACAGGUACGCGGAGACAUACUCCAGCUUUUCUGAAGGGGACUGGCACCUCCACACCCACAGCACUCUGGACACUGACGAGACAGGUGGACCUCGGGCUCUGUCUGACCAAACUGACGAGAGAGGAGUCCAGGUGGACCCUCGUAAGUAUGCAGACGGAGACCGGGAGUUCCUGGACGAUCCUUCCUACGGCUACUCCUCCCUCUUCACUCCCGAACGCUCGUGGCCCGACCCCGAUGACGAACACUUGGACCUUCACCACGAGAACAAGUACUGUGACCUGGAGUGUUCCCACACCUGUAACUACAAGGUGGCGUCUCCAUCCUACCUGGAUAAUCUGAUCUGGAGGGACAGCGAGGUCAACCACUACUACGAGCCCAAACUCAUUAUAGAUCUGUCCAACUGGAAGGAGCAGCAGAGUAGAGAGAAACAGGCCCAGGCUGCAGGCAGAGACAAGGAGCACAAGGCCCAGAAGAGCAAGUGUGAGAAGAACGGCCUGGUGAAGGCUCAAAUGGUUCUACAGGUAGAGAAGGGCCCCGUGGAGAAGGACUCCCAGCAAGAGAAGAACCAGACCCAGACUACUCAACAGAAUCAAGGCUUUGACUUUGACUCCUUCAUCGCCGGCACCAUCAAACUGAGCCUGCGAACUGAGCCCAGCGACGUUGGACUCCUGGGGGACGUGGGACUCCUGAGCGAGGUGGAAGUGGGCCUCCUGAGCGAGGUGGGCCUCCUGAGCGAGGUGGGCCUCCUGAGCGAGGUGGGCCUCCUGAGCGAGGUGMGCCUCCUGAACGAGCUCAACUCGUCUGUGUCCCAGCUGGAGGCUCCGCGGUCAGGCUCCAUGUCCAAAACCAUCAGCCAGGAGAAGGAGGAGAAGUGUCUGGUCAACUUUGCUCAGGUCAGCAUCACCGUGGGGACCGCUGGGUCUGGGGCGCGUCCCGCACACCCCUGGGAGAGCUUCGGAGGGGGGGAGAGGGUGGAGGAGCGGAGAGGUGGGUGUCUGAUGGACGGGGCGGGGCGCUGGGACYUUGGGAAAGAGGAGCAGCUCCAGAAGGACAGCUCCUACACCAGCUACCUGGACAGACUGUUCAGCAGGAAGGACGAGGGCAGCGGGGAGAGUGCUGCUGGCGCCGACACCCCAGAACCCGAGCCCUCGGAUGUGGGAGGGGAGAGGGAACGGGACGAGGGGGGCUUCCUGGCGCGGAGCGGAGAAAUCAUGUUUAACAUGCAGCUGGACUCUCUGGCGCUGCCGGGGUUCGAUGCUACGACUGACGUGCCGCUCAAAUCCAUCCAGGCCUCCCUCGCUCCCUCCACGGUCAAAUCCAUCCAGGCCUCCCUCGCUCCCUCCACGGUCAAGUCCAUCCAGGCCUCCCUCGCUCCCUCCACGGUCAAGUGCUCUCCUCAGAUCGCCCACACAACCUACAGCAGCUUCUUCAAGCAUCUGAAUUAGAAACAUAAACGAUACCAUGCUCCUCACAGUGCAAGAUCUCUAGGCUGGUUUCUGUUCUGUUGUCCUUGUAUUUUAUUUCAUUAUGAUAGUAAUGUUAUUUUACUUGAAUCAUUUCAUACCUUAUCGUAUGGCUCCUUUUUAAAAUAUACACUUUUAUUUUGUAUUCUUUUUUUUAGUUGUAGGAGUUAAAGGUAAAAUAGACUGGGUUGAAAGUUGCUAACAGAUCAAACGUCAGAGUUAUUACCUCUGGGUUCACUGGGCCUAUCUGAGUUGACUUCCCAAUUAUCCACAAACUGGCAGCAUUUACACUGCACACUGAGUACUGUAGACUAACGGAGAGGAGGAAUGGGGAAGAGAGGUGGACAAUUGGAUAGGAGAUAUCGAGGGAUAUGAGAAGUGGUGCUAUGCUAGCAGAACUGUUCAUCCUGCAGCCUUCCCCUGACCUCAUCACUGAUCUGACACCUGGCUGAAUAAGUGAAAGGAAAGUUUGCACCCUAUUACUUAAACCAAUCUGACCGUUUCAGAUCAGUGAUGUGGUCAACACAGGAAGAGAUGUAUAGAAAUCACAGCUUUGUAUCUGUGUCAUUCUGGUGUCUGUGACAGCAUGGCCAGGGCCAUUCUGGUGUCUGUGACAGCAUGGCCAGGUGCCAUUCUGGGUC